GGUUCUGUUUUCUUACGGUUUUAUUGUGACCAGAAUAAGAUAUAUUUAUUAUUACGUAAAUGUCAGAUAAUUUACCGCCAUCUGGUAGUCUUUUUGGUUGUGGUCUGUCAUCGGCAUUGUAGUUUUUACGUUUCAUAUGGCGCGCGCGCGGGAGAGAGUGUUUUAUUCAGAUUAUGUUGCCUAGCCUGAUAUAAUAGUAUGUCAGAUUCCAUAAAUCUCUCUUGCUUGCUGAUAGAAAAGAAAGACAAACAAGACAACAGAGAUUUUUACCUCACUUGAAAGAGGAUUCAGAAUUUUUUUGCUGGUGACGUUUCUGACGAGUGGCCUUUGUCUCCACUGCCAUCUCCCAUCAGCAUCCACAAUUGAAUUCUUUGUUGUCAAAAUGAGAGGACACAUUCUUCUAGAGGGGUGACCUCUCUUCUCUCCACUGGUACUGCUCACACCAGACCAGCAGAAGCUCUCUCUCUCUCUCUCUCUCUCUCUCUCUCUCUCUCUCUCUCUCUCUCUCAAAAUCCCAGCAGCAGGACAUCUGACCGAUAUAUACUGUGUGUAAAUGGUUAUGUCAAAGCAGAAGGAGCAUAUCUGACAGUGGAAAUGUGGAAGAGAAAAAACAUCCUAACGCUUAUAUUCAUUGCUUUUCCGUGGACUUUGCUUGUCACAUUUUGGAAACGGGAUUCUGGCAACUCUUUGCUUUCAGCUCAGAGGGAUGACAGAUCGGCGAGCAGCAGAGCCCACAAACAACGGUUCACACUUCAGGAAUCCUGCAUCACCCAGAACACUAAAAUCAUGGAGGUCACCCGGACGAGGUGCACAUACAGCCGCCUCCCACCUUGCUCUGACACGCUGCCCACUCUUUACGUAAUAACGCCGACCUACAGUAGGCCCGUCCAGAAGGCGGAGUUGACCCGUCUUUCGAACACCCUCCUCCAUGUGCCCAACCUUCACUGGUUGGUUGUGGAAGACUCUGCGCGAAAGACGGCUCUGGUUUCGAACCUGCUGGAAAUCUCGGGUUUAAAUUACACCCACCUGAACAUGGAGACACUUCGGAAGUACGAAGUACGAAGGUCUAUCAAACGCUCACGGAUCCCGCGUGGCACGGAGCAGAGGAACCUUGCUCUUCGCUGGCUCAGGAGUACCAUCAGCCCAAACUCUGGUCAUAAAGGGGUCGUCUACUUUGCAGAUGAUGACAAUACCUACAGCCUGGAGCUGUUUGAAGAGAUGCGCAAGACUCAAAAAGUAUCCGUUUGGCCGGUCGCAUUUGUCGGAGGUCUCCGUUAUGAAUCCCCCAAAGUCAACUCUCUGGGUAAAGUGGUCGGUUGGAAGACGGUGUUUGACCCUCAUCGACCUUUCGCAAUUGACAUGGCAGGAUUUUCUGUCAAUCUACAACUCAUUCUCGAUACACCUCAUGCCUACUUUAGGCUUCAUGGAGUAAAGGGAGGAUAUCAGGAGAGCAGUCUGUUAAAGAAUCUGGUUACUCUGUCUGACCUGGAACCCAGAGCUGACAACUGCACCAAGGUGAUGGUUUGGCACACCAGGACGGAAAGACCUGUGCUUGUGCAUGAAGGAAAAAAGGGAUUCACAGACCCCAGAGUGGAAGUAUGAUAAACUGCAUGUAUGCUGUAUUUUUGACAGUAGCUGGGUUUCCGUUCAAACGUGAAGCAAAUCCUUUCAAAAUUUGCAGAAAAAGAAACCAAAUAGGUGCGUGUUUUCAUCAAGUUGUUCAAGCGAAUGAUGGAGGUAUUGGUAACCUACAGUAAACAAAACAAGGCACGCUUGGAUAAUGGAGACAGGACUGCUUGUAGUCAUGAUGGGGCAAGAUAUUCAUUUAUUAGCAAUGCAGCUUGUUAUUGCAAAACUAAAUGCUGUGCACAGAAGAAGGAAUGCAGAAUUUUUGAUGCAGGCACUAGCAGCAAGGGCAUUAAGACGACAUCGAGCACCAUAUAUGGUAAAGACAACGACAGUGGAAACAGCUAGAUGGUCCCAUGGGUUUAAUGAUCGCUAUGUCAGAAUUUAUUCAGCAAAUCCGUUCCCAUCAUCCAUUAUUUGCAUUAACUUUAAAAAACAAACACCUUAAGCGAGCGUAAAAACUUUUUUGCGAAUUAAGGGAUUUUUAUUUGAAAUUUGUCAACUCUAUGACUUGUUUUUGAUGCAAUACUUCAAAAUGUGCAUAAAGUAAUGGUGAUGGAAACAUGGCUAGUAUUACAAGUUCUGCAACGGUAGCAAUAAAACUGUAAAUGUUUACGUUGCACCUCAUUAGAGAUGCAUUGGAUUUAGUAUUUGACCAUACUCUGAAAACCAGUUCUCAACACUUCAGCACUUUAUUCUCCUUUGUACACGGACAGUCUUUCCUCUAAAUCUUUAAACUAUAUCCUUAAUAUGGCUUGAAGGAAACUGACAGCUCUGUCGUGAGCUGCAGGACUCUCCGGUUAACUCUUUCCCCGCCAGGGUCUUUAAAAAAAAGUUGCCAGCUAGCGGAAUCAUUUUUUAAUUUUUAAUUCUUUAAAUAUAUAAACAUACAAUAUAUCAAAUGAAAGAACAGACCCUGUACAGUUUCAUCCCACCUUCAUUUGUUCAAUUUUUAUCACCUGUCAAAUAUGGGUCGGUUUCUUCAACAAAAAAAGAAAAAAGAAUUUUGAUCAAAAAGCUGAGAUAACUGCAUUUUAUAAUAUUAUUGGGUAUAAUAAGUUGGGUAAGAGUGCAUCCUGGUGGAUAAUAGCGGAAAUACGGAUUGCCGGAAAAACUUGUCAUUGGCAGGGAAGCGUUUUCUCUUAAUUGACGGCUUAACUCGUCAAUGGCGGGGAAAGACACAAACUUCUGUAUGAAGUUUAUUUGGUGUCUUGUGUAGAGUUCAGAUACAGUUAGAAUAGAAAUAUUUAUUUCACUGUACAGUGUUUUUUGUUAGUCAUAACCUUGACUGUGUAAAUAGGUGUGUUUGAGUUUAUGCGACGCUGUGCAGACCGAUCGGCGAGGUUUGCUGCUUGCAGUCGAGGGAGAAGUUGAAGACGAAGCCUUCAAGUGCUUGCCUUAGUGACGUUUAUUGCGAAUGAAGUGAAUUAGAUGGUGAAUUUGUUAAAAACAAACCUUUUAAUAACAAACUGCAACCAGAAACACUUUAUUUUGAACAUUUUAAUUGCUGCUUAUACUGUAUGCCUGAAAAUAUUAUUUGAAUUCCCACUAGAGUUUGGUCUUUCACUUCCUCAAUUUUUAUUUUAUUACUUUACACAAUAUAACAUAUUACGGUUAAAAACUCAUAAUUAUAAUGUGUAUAAGUGGAACUGAAAGGUGUGAAACAUGAAACGCACAUGAUCAUUGCCAUCAGUGAGAGGACCUAAAUGGGCGUGUCCGAAUUUACUUUUGCUAAUUGAAUACCUUGUCUCGUAAUCGGUCAUCAUUUAUGUCCAAGAGACUCUAUAAUAAUCUUUUACAUUUUAAUCCUUACAUUUUUUCAUAUUUAAAAAGCACAUAUUACUAACACGCUCAUUAAGUAACAAAAACAAUAUUACGUCAUUGACUUUAAACUAGGUUUUAGUUGGUCAAUGGUGUAGUCUAUUUUAGUUGCCUCAAAAUAGCAACGCGCCAACAAUGCGCCUGCACAAAACAUCAAAUUGGGCACAAAUGCAUUUGCUUUUUAAAAAACGUGGCGCUAAACGUGAAAAUCAUAAUUGCGCUGAGUUGUAACUAGCAAAAGACACUUGCAUCGCGCAUUGCGCCGGGUCUAUGAUAGGGCCCCUAAUGUUUUCGCUGAGAGUUUUAUUGACAGGUGGCCUGACCAAUCACAACACAUAUGUUAUGUGCCACAUGGCAAAAGGGGGUGGGUCUUUGCGAAGUAACAAGUUUUUAUAUACAAAGUGAGCAUUAAAGUCACAAUAUAACGGAAAUAGCACACAGAUAAGUCAAUUGUAAAAAAUGCCACAAUAUACGAAAAGAAAUAAAAGGUUUUAAUUUCAAUUCCAUAGUGACUUUAAUAAAUCUAAUACAUUAAACAGACAAUCAACAAUGUAUAUCAAUUAAUUGUUUCUAACACACAAAGCUAUCAUACACACAAAUGCACACUCACACAGACUUUAAUGCAAAUAAUAAUAAAUAUCUUAAAAAGUAAAAAAGUUACAAAUAUCAUGGAGUGUAAAGCCAUGUUUAUAAUACAAAAACGUCUUCAUUAUCAUCAUUUCUGUGAUGCUUGAUUGUCCCCAUUGUAUAAAACCUCUUUGUUAAAUAUCAACUGCCAUUCCCAGAUCGGGCGAAUCUUCAAAAUGGAUUUUAAAAUCCCCUUCGGCUUCUUCAAACACAAUGACCUGUUAAAGGACAAUGAAUCGAUCAUUCAUUUCUAUUCUAGAUUAUAAAUAAAUCAUGCAAAAACACAUCCAAAAACAAAUGAUACCUGACAAUCUAGAUUGUUGUACAGACCUUUCCGGUUCUUCAUCGACAGAAGGAACAAAAAGACAAAUAUUUUGUAUUAGCUGACCUGGUUCAUUCCACUGUUAAGGAACGGCCCUGGCAGAAACAGAGCCUGCUGCGGUCCAGCCUCCCAAUAGCGUCCAAUGUUCUGGCCGUUAAUAAAGACGACACCUUUACUCCAGCCCUGCAUGAGAACAAUAAUGUUAUCAAGAAUGCUUUUAGGAAAUACACAACAAUUGUGUUUUUGGCAUUUUAAUUUUUAAACACUGAACUGGCAAUUUGAUGAACGUGUCACUGGGGUAGCCGUUCACAAAUAUCCUGCCCAUGAAAAAUCCAGGGAAGCUUGGUUUGUUGGGGUGGAUCUUCCAAGGUGCACUGUACAAUCUGAAAACAAAAUCACAUGAUUUGUAAAUCAUUCAAUUAUGUUUAUGUUGUGCUUUCAUAUCAUUGUACGAUUAAUAGUUUUAUAAUACAAACCUGUCAAAGAAAUCUGAUGUCAUGUCCAGACUGUAUAUUGUAAAAUCUCUAAGUGGCACAUUGUUGAAUAAAAUGUCCCCAACAAUGCCUGAAAUUAAAUA